AUAUGGGAGCUCUUGAUAAACAUCUAGAGUUAACAGAGCUAGGCCGUAUUCUUGCCCGUUUACCCAUUGAACCAAUUCUUGGAAAAACAAUCGUGCUGGGAGUAUGCCUCGGGUGUGGACUAAAUAUUCACUUCAUGAAUGAGAAUGUGAUGUGUUCCAGUCUUGGUACAUUGAUGUGUGAAAUUGCGGCUGCGUCCUCGUUUUCUUCCCCGUUCGUCCCUCGUGAGAGAACGCAUACUCGCCUAAAUUCAGCUCAACGUUCCUAUGCUGGUAACCGUUGGUCGGAUCAUAUUGCACUGAUUGCCGUGAAUCAAGCGUUUCAACAUGCAACCGAGAUGGGUACAAAUGCAGAGCUGUCACUAUGCAAUAGAGUCUCAUUAAGUCAGACAAUACUGAAAAUGAGCGCGGGAGCCAAAUACCAGCUGAUUGAUGUUCUUACCAAUCAAUGUGGAUUCGCUGGCGAACUGUUCAUGGAUGGUUCUACUGCACCUGACUGUGAUUAUGACUUGCUGUUGUCGCUUCUGAUAACUGCACAUUAUCCAAAUAUUUGCUAUUAUAGAGGAAAGAGAAAGGUAUACACGCUUGAGCAAGCUUCUGCACUUAUUAGCAAAUCAUCUGUGCUUACGCCUUUUCAAGGCGAUAACUUUGAUUUACCUUCGCCUCUGAUUGUUUUCUCAGAAAAGCUCCGCACGCGAGUUAUCUCGUGUAAGCAGUUGUCUGUGAUAUCUGGUAUACAGUUACUCAUGUUUGGAUGUCGC